AUGGCUUAUAUGUAUACGUAUUAUUCUAAGUCCUAUUACUUGAACAUGACCUGGUUCUCAAAAUUUACGCCUUCAAAUAAACCUAUUAUAGAAUUUUGUAUUUUACUGUUAACUGCUGCAAACUAUGUAAUUGCAAAAAACGAUAUCGAUAAUACUGGAUCCGCUCCAUCAUGUGGUUAUCUGGCAAAAAAGAUAUUUUGUUUUGGAGUUACUCUUAAUGAGUCUUCGGAAUAUCGUUAUCCCAGUUACGAUUCAUAUCAUGUACUUGAUAUUAGACUGUAUGAUGGUGUAACUACGGAUGAGUUAGUAACUAAAUGGGCAGUACUUCCUACGAAAGCGUUUGGACUGGGAAGUGAAAACCCUCAGUUUACAUCACUACCAGAUGGAAAGACUUUGUUAAUAGUUAGCGGUACUUACUUCAGUACCCCUCAAACAUUGGCCUUCAAUGGCGAAUCUUUAACUUGGGAACAUUAUAAAUCUUUUAACGAUCCCAUUAUUAAUAGACCAUUUAAUAAUAGAGCAAUUGGCGAAGCAGCCUUUGUAUAUGUUCCUGAACACGGGUUUGUGCUUUAUGGAGGCAUAGAAUCAGGGUUGGGACUUUUCAAGGAUAACUUUACUUAUCCUGGUGUGAACACAACGAACUAUAUACCCGACAAUUAUAUGAGCCAAAGAUUUAUCGGUUAUACAAAACUAGAAAUACUAGACAUUAGAAACAAAAAAGAUCCAUGGAGACCGCAUAUUACUGAGUAUAAUGCUCCAAAAAUGUUUCCUUGUCGCCAAGCAGCAAUUUUCGAUGCAAAAAAUAACAUUAUUUUUUUCUUCGGGGGUCAAUAUUCUGGGUUUACAAGUUUCCAAAGAAUUGGAUUUACCUUUGACACUGUGGUAACAUUCAACUUCACGAGUCAAAGCUGGGGAAACCAAAUAUUAAAUGGACAGGGCCCAUCUCCUAGGAUCGGACAUACGGCGACAUUGGUUGGUCCCAAUCAAAGAAAUGUUCUUAUAUACGGUGGAAGGAGCCUGGAAUCAAAUCGUCCUCUGUCCGAUUACUGUUACACUUUGGAUCUUGACUCUUUUCAAUGGACUCCCCAAACAAUUCCAGCAGCAGCCGGUGAGGUUCUGACUAGAAGCCGGCAUUCAGCUGUCACUAUAACUAAUGAUAUGUUAUUUAUAUUGUUUGGUUUUGAAAACGAGACUAAAUUGGCCGAGAAGUUAUUCAUACUAAAUGUUACAAACCCUUCCAGUAUCACUUUAAUGAACAAAUUUGUUCAACCGUCAAGACUGCCUACUAUUGAUCAUUUUGUCAUUGGUGUCAGCGUUUCGGCUGCAGGAUUGAUGGUAUUGGCUGUUAUAGUCUUCUGUAUAAGCAAAAAAAGAAAGAAUAAGAAAAAGAUGAUAAAGGAGCCUCCCGUGGAGGUCGAUUGGGAUAAAAUUCAGGAAACAUACGCAGAAGACCCUAAUAUACACCUUCCCGAAGGUAAUUUUAAUUAUAUUCCCCAGGUGCCAGAUAUUAUUUCUACCACAGGAACCACAAUCGUGCCAAAUUGUUCAAGCCCACUGUUGCCCAAAACGAAUUUAAAAAUACCCGAUGCUAUUGAUUGCAAUAGAGUGAAUUCUGUUGAAAGGGAUCCGGUACAGAAUUUUAAGAUAGGCAUUACUAAUAGAGAUCAAGUGCAUAAGCCUGAUAUUAGUUUUGUGAACAAAAAUCAGGAACCUAAUCCUGGUUUCAAAUUUGCAGAAAGAGAACAAAUUCAGAAGCCUGACAUCGAAUAAAAUUUCGGCAUACACUUAAGAGAAUCUCUUGUGUAAAUCAAAGUGUUCCACCCCCACAUGUUUUUUGCAACGUUC